UCAGUGGAUUUUUCAUCAGUGGUUUAAACUUCAAUUUCAAAGUAGUUUGGAGUUUUGGAUACUGUGAUUCUACCUGUCAGAGAUGGAGUGCAGCCAUUUUUGUUCGAGGUCCAUGCCAAUAUCCGAAAUAGCACGCAUGGAAACCACAUGUUCAAGCCAGUUUUCGAGUGUUCAUGUCCCACACCAAAUAUUCACUUGUUUCAAAGGCGUAUCUGCAAAGGCUUCUUUUGCCAGUGCUCCAAAGAAAGCUGUGGGUAGCUCGUUUGAGCAACAGAAACUUGGUGCUGCAGUUUUGGGGUGUGGGAUUAGUGGAAGGAAUUCAAGUUUGUCGUCGAGGGAUUUGAGAGUAUUGGACGCCUUUGAUGAUGAAUAUGGUGGAGUUAUUGUUGAUUCGGAGAGGUUACCUGCUGACCCGCAUGCCUUUGCUUCCAUGCUUCGUUUCUCAGUUUCUCAUUGGAAGGCAAAGGAAAAGAAGGGAAUUUGGCUCAAGUUACCAGCUGAAAAAUCAGAGCUUGUACCAGUUGCAGUCAAGGAAGGAUUCGAGUAUCACCACGCAGAGAAAGGGUAUGUAAUGUUAACUUAUUGGCUACCCCAAGGACCAUGCAUGCUUCCUGGUAACGCAUCGCAUCAAGUAGGGGUUGGAGGAUUCGUCAUCAAUGACAACAAUGAGGUUCUGGUUGUACGAGAGAAAUACUCUGCUCCAGCAUUUGUUGGUCUCUGGAAAAUCCCUACAGGUUUCAUAGCUGAGUCAGAGGAGAUUUAUACAGGAGCCGUAAGGGAAGUCAAGGAAGAAACCGGGAUUGAUACUGAGUUUCUGGAACUAGUAGCAUUCAGGCAUGUGCACAAUGUGGCCUUUGAGAAAUCAGAUCUGUUCUUCAUCUGCAUGUUGAAGCCUCUAUCGACUCGGAUUAGGGUCGACGACAACGAAAUUCAGGCAGCCAAGUGGAUGCCUCUAGUAGAGUUUGUGGAGCAACCAUUGAUAAAAGAAGAUUGCAUGUUCAAGAAGGUGAUUGAUAUAUGCAUUGCUCGCCUGGGAAAGCGUUACUGUGGGCUAUCUGUACAUCAAUUGGCUUCAAGAUUUGAUGGCAAAAUAUCUACUCUCUACUACAAUGUUGUCGACUCUUAUGAUAUUAACUGUAUAGGCAACUGAACAUGAUUUACCCUAAUGUCUUAUAUAACAUGUAAUUACACAUAUCCUGUCUACUGUAAAUGCGCCUUUGAAUGUGAAUAUCUGC